UUUAUUUUUUCAGCCAUAGAACUAGUCACGAAGCAUCACGCUUGCAGUCGAAAGGGGAAAGAUGAACCCUUCUGCGCCUCUGCGUCCUCCUCCGCUGCAGCCACCGCCGGUGCCGGCGCCGGCGCCCUCUGCAAGCUUUCAUCUGCUGCCACCGGCACCACCGUCCUCUACAGGCUUUAACCCCCCGCCGCAGGCCACCAAUUCCGCACCUCGCAUUUUCUUCUCUCCCGGCUUCCACAUCCCUCCCACCGCCGCGGCGGCGUCUGAUAUCCCCGCCGCCCUCUCCGCCCUCACUUCUCUCCUCCGCCUAUCUCAAACCACUCUCGAUUCUCUCUCCAGUAUACUCCCGGCCACGUCCGCUCCCUCUCCUCCGACUACUCUCGUCCCUUGCCCUUUCAACCCUACUCACCGUCUCCCCCCUCCCUCGCUAUUCCGCCACACUCUCCAUUGCCUGCCUUCCUCUUCAUCUGCUUCCUUGGAUUCUCUAAUUCAGUCCCGCCGCUACCCCCAUACCCUCCGCUCCUCUGCUCAGGGCAACGAUGUCCAAUUCACUCAUCCUCUUCACGAUCCCCAAGCCGAGCUAUGCUUCUCUCUCGAAAGCUACUUCGAUCACGACCAGGAUAGUUUCUUCUACUCUAAUUGCCCCGGAGUUGUAAGCUUCCCUGGCAAGGAUCCGUCCCCUCCAAUGCUCAUUUUGCCCGGUUUCUUAUUGUCUCAUUGUUCCAAUUCCCAGGAAAACUGUAUUAUAGAUCUGAAGGAGUUUCAUGUUAGCCGUACUCAGCUUCUUCCUUCUGAAAUAUACGCCAUUAGGGUUGAAGUUCAUUCAUGGAAUGAUUAUCCUUGCAGCUAUUCGUAUAGAAUCCUCCGGGCUAUACUGCGGUUAGAAAUGAGUAGUUUGUGUUCUUUGCCAUCAUGGUUGAUUGCCAAUUCACCUAAGUAUGGUGUAGUGAUUGAUGAGGCAAUGAGCAAUCAUAUAGUUCUGUUGUGUAAGCUGUGUUUGAAAGCUAUUGUUAGUGAAUCUGUUGGGUUAGCUAAUGCGCCUGGGAAACAAGAAGGGGAUAAGGAAUCAGUUUCGAGUGAUCGGAGGCUUGAAUGCCCCAUCUUAGUUCGAGUAUUGAUGUGGUUAGCGUCCCAGCUAUCUGUAUUGUAUGGUGAAAUGAAUGGAAGGUUAUUUGCAAUCAACAUUCUAAGGCAAUGCAUCUUGGAUUAUGCAUUGAAAUCAUCCUCUUUUUUUUCUGGACUUCAACAAGCUACACUGUUACGAGAAUUAAAUGAAGUCAACAAAGAACAUGAGGAGCCACUGGAAAGUAGUAAAUCACAUGAAAGUAGAAAGGAGAACAAUGGAAAUGAUGUAGAAGGUGGAACACUCAGUAAAAGCAUGGUUUCUGUUUCUCAAGUAGCAGCAGCUGUUGCUGCAUUGCACGAAAGAUCAAUACUCGAAGGAAAGAUCAGAAAGCUGCAGGACACGUGGCCAGUUUCUGUAUCCCAACGAAAUGUGGAGCAUGCAUAUGUGGCAAAGACAGCAGAUGAGGAGAGGCAGAAACGGCCCAACUAUAAAGCUGUAAUUGACCAUGAUGGGCUUCUUUGGCAGCGGUCGCAUAAUAAUCAGGAAACAAAUAAAAUGAAGACAAGAGAGGAAUUGUUAGCUGAGGAAAGGGAUUACAAGCGCAGACGAAUGUCAUAUCGUGGCAAGAAAGUGAAGCGAUCAACUACCCAGGUUAUGAGGGAUAUAAUAGAGGAAUACAUGGAGGAUAUUAGGCAAGCAGGUGGAGUUGAUUGUUUAACAAAAGGAGAAGAGGCACAAGCUUCUAUCUCAGGGAAUUCUUCAAUGCAAGGCCUUUACAGAGAUGAUGCAAAGUCCAUUAAAAAUAAAGUGGACUCAUCUUUAAUGAGGGAGCAGUCACAUCACUAUAUGAAAGGAUUGCAUUCUCAUAGAGAAGCCCAAUCAUCAGACUUCAGAGAUGACUCUUCCAAAGAGAGCACUCGAGAUAGAUCUCAUCACUCUCAUGGAACUGUAGUUGCAGAUAGAAGUGUUGGGAAAAAUGGGCGUAGCAGGCGGGAUUAUUCUAGAAGCCCAGACAGGCUACAAAGCAGUACCUAUACAAGCAAACAAGCAAGUGUACGGAGGAAGCAUGAUGAUCAAGAAGCGUAUAAAGAAGAUUUUUCUCACAGCUCCAGUAGAAAACACCAAAAAUCACAUGAUCGUAAGAGUCCUCACAGAGAGAGAAUUGAGCGUAAUUUAGACCCUGGAAAACGGAGGCGAAGGGAAACAUACCAGGAUCGUAGAUCAGGUUCUGCUUUGUGCAAUGAGUUCGAGGACAGAUAUAAUCCUUCAGAAUCUCAUGAUAUCUACGAAGAUAACGUCUAACUGUCAUGGUAAGUUGGCUGGAUGAGAUCAUUUGCUGUUAUGAUGAGACUGGUUUCCACAAAAAGUUAAGAUUAAGAUUGUUGAAGUCUGAGUGGUUCUUCCUCCAGUGGGGUAAGUAAUUAUGGCAGGAAUUGUCCUGAAUACCUCUUAUAAUCGUUCUUUUUCAGAGAUAAAACUAAUAUCAUUCUUUCUUUGGCCCGUUUUCUCUUGAAAACUCGCAGUAGAAGUGAAACAAACAGGUUUCUGCAGUUUCAUCUACAUCUGUAUCCUCCUCUGUAUCCUUAAAAUGAUUAUUCUAUUAUUGCUUAUAGGUAAGUUUCUUUUCAUUGUUACCUUCUCUUCCCAAAAAGGAGAUUUCUGUCUUUUUUUUUUUUUUGUGAGUUGCUUUUAUAUACUGAUUUGGCAUGGCCAGUUACUUUAGGAUUUAAUUAACUAGUACUCCUAGAUUCUCUACUUGAACAGAUCUCUGACUGGGUUUCUCUGAGAAUAUAAACAAUGCAAAACUUUUAAAACUAUGCAGUAACACACACUAAAGCCCAUACCUGGGCAUUGAUGCAUGACUUUUCUGGUACGACUUCUAAGUCUUCUAGGGAAAGUUCAAAAUAAAACACAAUAAUGCUUUUAUUUUAAUCACUCUUCUUUCUUCUAACCCCUGACAAUCUUACAUAGUCUCUUAGUUUGAACAAGUGAGCAUUUGAAGCAUUUGGAACUUGACUCUAGAAGCUGUCAUUUUUAGCUAAUAAUUUGCUAGUAGUCUGGGUAUUUCUAUUGGUUUCAAUACAUGUCUAUAAAGAGGUGAUAUUCUGUGAAUCUCCCCGUGAUUUCUUGAUAGUUAGGUUUAGCUGUAGUGUGCUACCUAUUUAUCUGUCUAGGACUAGUCCAUGAAGCUUGCAUAAUGCAGCUGAACUUUAGACUAAACCAGUUCAGUUAAACAAGCACUGUAAUCAAACUAUUGCAGCAGUGGCAAGGCAUAUUAUUGUGGUUCAAAUCUCUCUCUCUCUCUCUCUCAACAUCAUGAGUAUUGCAGCAUGGACAACUGAUAAGAGGCAUGAUGUGUUUGUGUGCUCUGAGAUAUCUGAAGCUAAAGCCUUUGGCCUUUUCUGGAAAUAUUAUUAUGUGAUGUGUAAUUUGAUUGUUCUUCCAGUUAAUCUGUAUUU